CUGCCCUCAUGGCUGUCGCUAGUGCUGACUCUCAUUAGUGCUGAGUCCUGCUAAUAAUGACACCCUCUAUAGUGCUGACAAUGGCUCCACCUGACCUAUUCUACUGACUUGUAAGCGGACUUUCUGAGCUCUGACGAAAAAGGAUGAACGGGCGGGUGUUGGCGGUGACCUCACUGCUCUUCAUGGCGGGAGCGACGGUACAAGGCAAUUGGUUCGCUGAACAAUGGAACACUUUCUCAUCCUCCAGCUUCUGGGCCACAACAUACCAGCUAUUCAACAAGGCUUUAACCACACUGAAGCAGCGGUUCCAGAACCUUUCAGACGAUGUGAAAGGAUGGCUGACGAACAAAUCCUUCUCGAAUGCCACAGUGACACAGUUGCUGAACAAGAUCCCUGCCGACGGCUGGAGAGAGAUACAUCCUGCUCUUCUGAUGACGGCCAAGAAGAAAGAGGUCACCAACUUGAUCGCGAUGGGUACCGGUAAGGUCCCCCAGAGGUUCCUGGACGAGCUGGAUCGUCUGACACUCCUCAACAUGACAAAUGAUGAAAUCAUCAGCCUGGCCCAAUAUGAUAUCAGCCAGUUGACAGUGAGCGAGGCCGUGACCCUGGUGUCAAGGCUGGGUGACCCCGCCAAGUGGUCUCCUCAGAACGUGACUGACCUCGGCCCAGUCAUCUUCCAGCUGCCCGUCUGCCUCGACAAGGUCCAGAACGACUCUACUGCCCAGGCGGUCAUGGAAAUCCUGAUAAUGUGCCAAUCAGCAAAUCCUGACCCCAACUGCCCACAUGUGGAGCACCUGUGGACACUCACACAGAUGAUGGUUCAACGCCUAAAGGGGCCUCCAUCAACCUGGAAUAAAGACACUGUCAGAGCCAUGGGUAAUGUCAGCAUAAUACCGGACUACGCUAUCGUAUACCUCACUAAUUCGUUUGUUAAGGACAAGAAGGCGGAUAUUGUCUCGGUGCCCAUUCCAGCCACAAGGUUCCGGACUUGCGAAAACUGGAAGCAAGCUUUAUGCCGGACUGAGCAGUGUACCGUCAUGACUGCUGCAGCUGACAAUAUAUGGUACAACAGUCUGGCCAAUCUGCAAGUGUGUGUGGGGCCAUCAGAUCUGUCACCAGCCGGACUAGCUGAUCCCACUCUCAAGGCAAUAGCUUACACGAACUCCAAGGCUAGGGGCAAGGAUAUCAACCCCCAGGAUGCUCGCAUCAUUCUCGAUGAUGCGCUGAUGAAUAAGACUGUCGACACCAUCACCAAGUCGGAUGUUGAUGCCCUGGGAGGGCCGUUGAUGAUGAGGGCUCCUGCGUGUUACCUAAAGGCCGCUGCCAAGCGUAGACUGUUGAAUACAGUUCUUCCAUCAAUGGACUCUAGUAUCAUGAUGGUCCAGGGACCUGAAUUUUCAACCAAGAUAAAUGCACUAAUGAAAGCUGACAUGGAUACGACAUUUAUUAAUGGAGUGUUCUACCUGAGCCUGUUGAGUGACUCCCUGAAGACAUAUAUUAGCCCAAAUCUUCUCAAGGAUCAGAACAAGGCAAACUGGAAACUGAUUGUUGAUAAAGCUCAGGAGACACGUCAGCGGUUGACAACUUACCAAAUCGACGUAAUUAUGUCACAGUUGACAACCACAGAACUACUCCCAUACACCCCGCUCUUUAAGGAGUACGCCUCUACCAGAAAGAUAGAAGGCCUAGACCCGACCACUUUGGCAAUGCUGUCCAAGAAUAUGUCGCCCUUCUCCCUUCCUUGUUUGCGAGGUGCCUACUUGAUCUUUGGUGGCACAAAUAACAUCUCUGCUGAAGUAAUCAGGCAAGGCAUGGACUUUCUACCCUGCAUGAGUGCCACUGAUGCCCAAAAAGUGUCUGCAAGUGAUCUCUUUCGUGUGUUUGGGGCUAUCCAGGCCACAAACAAGGCACUAUCCACGGCAGCAUGCCGAGUGUUCAGAGACAAGCUGAUGGACUGGGCCGCUACUAACAUGCCCACCGGACUCGCAUCUUUGUCAGAUGUUGGCCAGCAGCUCUUUUUGAAGGAUGUUACAACCAUCCCCCCAUGUGUCAUUGUUAGCAUGGGAAACAUCGCCCUGCAAGUGCUGAAUGCAGAGAUGAAGCAAGUACUGUUAAUGCAGAUGUGCAAGAACAGCAUCCUUUCCACCAUCCCCCGGAACAGCAGGCGACUCUUCAUUAACUCUAUUUUUGGCAAUAUGGUAAGUGCUGCAGGAGCAAAGGUGGGAGUCUGCGAGUUAAACAUCCUCAAUGACUGUGCAUUUGACCUCAGCCCAUAUAACUUGAAGAAAAUGGACGAGUUUGCCUCCUUUGAGUUUAUCAAGCGUCUGCAAAAAGCCUUCCUGAGCGCGGUGCCUCCCUGCCUCGACCAGUCACAACAGCAACAGAUUGGUCAGAUGCUUGUCAAAGCUAAAGGGCCCACCACCACCUGGAAAAAUGCAAGUGACAUCAGUUGCCUCCUGGGAAUGCUACCAAGCACCAAUUUGAUGACAAUUCCGGAUGAGGUCUACACGUCCACGUCUUGCAACAUUAUGAUGUCCCCCUUUGAGGAUGGUCAGCUGGGUGUGUGUAAGAUUGGUGCCAUGAAUAUUAGAGACAGCAUCGCAAUGGAUCAGGCAAAAAGAUGCAUCAAGCUGAGGCAGACAGGAGGCACUGCCACAGCAUGUGACAAAAUAUCAUGUGGAGGAGUUACCGUGUUGACCACUGCAGAGAUCAGAAAAUUUCAGCUGCAAGAGGUGAAGGAACACUUGGUUGACCUUGCCUCCAAGGAUAUGGGCAUGGAUAAGGCUGUGAUCCUGGCUGGCAAGGUGAGGCAACUGAGAAGCCAGGGUAACCUGACACAGGAGGAGCAGACUAGACUUGGAUACAUCUACCAGGCCUUCACUGUGGAUGACAUAAACAACAUUACCACAUGGAACACUCCAGCAGCCAAGGAGAUGAUCUUCUGGAUGGGGAUGAUGACCUCCAUGUCUGAUGAGGCGAUGACUGCAAUCAGGGACAAUGUUCUGACUAAUUACAAGAGCUUAUCGAGCAUGACCUCACAGGACCUGAUGCUGCUGGGGCGAGUGGUGUGCUACUUCACUCAAGACCAGAUCAAUGCCAUUCCCUUGUCUGCUUUCCUGGAUGCUAUGAGGUACUUGGGCACACAGGACUGUAGCGGUGAGAACAACGGUACACUCUACCUUGCCAGCAGGGCCAUCGAUGCAUACAACAGUGACAACAGAAGCAUCGGAAACUGGGACCCGGCGACGGUAAGUGAGAUGGGACUCCUGAUGGGUGGUCUCAGCCCAGAGAGCUUGGCCAUGAUGCCUGACAGAGCCUUCUCAGGUCUGACCUCAGCCGGCAUACAAUCUAUUCCCCCUGGUGUCUUGAAGGUAAUUAAAAUGUCCCAGAUCAAGAAUUUGACUCCCACAACAGCAGCAUCCAUCUCAUCAAAUCAGAUGGCGGAGUUUAACUCCGAUAUGGUUGCAGCUCUGCAGGAUAUGCUACCCUCGCCUCCUCCAGGGGCAGGAGCUCAAGGACUACAUGUCUCUGAGGUCGUGGGAGCCUUGACGCUGGUGUUGGUGUUGGUGUAGCUACUUGGAGGCAUUCAUGGACCAUCACCUUGGUAUACUACAUGUACCCAGUACACAAUGAGCUUUGUACUUGGCAACACCUACUGGACCAGCAGCUGACCUUGCCGUCCUUGGCAACACCUGCUGGACCAGCUACUGACCUUGCCGUCGUUGGCAACACCUGCUGGACCAGCAACUGACCUUACAGUCUUUGGCAACGCCUGCUGGAGCAGCAGCUGACCUUGCCGUCCUUGGCAACACCUGCUGGAGCAGCAGCUGACCUUGCCACUCAAUAAUGAAUGAAUUGAGUCAUUAGUCAUCAUCAGCUAUUUUUCAGUAGUAACUUUGUUACAACUUUCAAAUUGAAUAUAUUUUUCCUAUUGAUUUACAGUGUACCAAUCUGAUAUAUAUACUAUUUUGCAGCAGGUUAAUACUGAUGACAGUACAGUAGUGUAAUUUUUAGUAUUACUACAUAUAACUUUCAGUAUUAAUAAAUUUAAUAAUUUGACAGGCAAUACUUGCCCAGUGCCUUAAGUCUUUACUUUUUAUCUGUAUAUAAGAAUGUUGUUGUAGUUAGUGUUUAAACAAGCUAAGAGGAUUAAUUAGUAUCAAUAUUAU